GUAUAUUGACACGUUUUAUUCCCUGCACUUUGUGUUUCAGGGUCACAACAUGUUGCUGGUUCUCGAUCAAAGCUCACUGAAGCUGUAUGACUAUUCAGGACAUACCCUGCUCCAUUCACAGCCAAUCGUCAGCAUUCGAGUCUGGGGAGUGGGGAGAGACGAUGGCAGGUGAGAUUGCAAGACUUGUGGUGGGUGAGGUUCCCAGACACUGUCCACUGUGGUGGGUGAGGUUCCCAGACACUGUCCACUGUGGUGGGUGAGGUUCCAAGACUGUGUUCAUUGUGGUGGAUCAGGUUCCACACCCAUUGUGCUGGGUGUGGUUCCAAGACACUGCCCAUUGUGCUGGGUGCAGUUUCAAGACUGUGCCCAUUGUGGAAGGGGAAAAAUUGCAAGGCUGUGCCCAUUGUGGAAGGGGAAAGAUUGCAAGGCUGUGCCCAUUGUGGAAGGGGAAAGACUGCAAGGCUGUGCCCAUUGUGGAAGGGGAAAGAUUGCAAGGCUGUGCCCCUUGUGGCAGGUGGCAGAUUGCAAGGCUGUGCCCAUUGUGGAGGAUGAGGUUUCAAGACUGUGCCCGUUGUGCUGGGUGCGGUUCCAAGACACUCUCCAUUGUGCUGGGUGCGAGAUUGCAAGGCUGUGCCCGUUGUGGCAGGUGGGAGAUUGCAAGGAUGUGCCCGUUGUGGCAGGUGGGAGAUUGCAAGGCUGUGCCCGUUGUGGCAGGUGGGAGAUUGCAAGGCUGUGCCCGUUGUGGCAGGUGGGAGAUUGCAAGGCUGUGCCCGUUGUGGCAGGUGGGAGAUUGCAAGGCUGUGCCCGUUGUGGCAGGUGGGAGAUUUCAAGGCUGUGCCCGUUGUGGCAGGUGGGAGAUUGCAAGGCUGUGCCUGUUGUUGUGGGCGAGGAUCCAUAUUUUGCCCAUUUUGAAUAUCGUAGAAGAUGCGAGGUAAUGGCUGUGCCCGUUGUGGUUGGGAGAUGGUGGCAGGACAGAAAGUUUGUGCUAGAGUGGUGGAGAUAGGUUCUGCUGUUGUGGUACUGUGUUGGGUGCAGAUAUGAGCUGUUCCCGUGUCCAUGAAGUGAUGAUGGCAGGUGAGAGGUUUUGGUUGUGCCCCUUUGUGGAACGAUAAUGGCAGAUGAGGGAUAUUGGCUGUGCCCAUUGUCUUGGAAUGAUGAUGGCAGCAGAGAGAUAUUGGCUGUACCCGUUGCUGUAGAGCUAUGAUGGUAGCUGAGAGAUAUUGACUGUGCCCAUUUUUGUGGAGCCAUGAUGGCAGCUGAGAAAUAUUGUCUGUUCCUGUUGUCGUGUUGUUAGUUAGUGUUGGUUAGUGUUCGUUUGUGUUCCUUUUGUCACAGUUUACCACCAGGUCCAGGGGGUGUGCCUUUGGCCUGAAAACUUGCAUAAAAGAAAGCCCUUUGGUGCUGAUUAAACAGAUCAUCUUGUAUCAUCUUGUUCCUGUUGUCAUGGAGCCAUGAUGGCGGCUGUGCCUGUUGUUGUGUCGUGGGUGAGAGGUAAAGUCUGUGAGAAGAUGAAUGUUUAAUUGCCGACUUGCGUAGAUUUAAAACUGUUUCUGGUUGGUGGCUAGCAUGCUUGCGUUCAGUGUCUCCACGCUCCCCAUAAACAUGAAUUGAUUUAAUGCAUCUCUAUGAGGAGAUGUUGAUUGGAGCAGUGUUUUGCCGUGCACGCAUUUCAUUGACUGAGAUCAUCAAGAUUGAUGAUGUCGACCUGGCUCUGCGAGAUAGACGUGGGGAAAAAGGUACGUAAGGAGGAAGGGGACCUAAACAGCCAUCCCUGGACUAUGUCAGAAUCCAUGUUUGUAUUCCUGAUACUAUCGUGUUCCUUGUGAAUUCCCUGUGCAUUGUUUGUCUGCCCUUUGUAUUUCAGAUUGUAUAACAUUCAGGUUAGCAGUUCAUUUUGGCAUUACGUUACAAUAUUUAGCUUUUUUUUCAUAUCGCUGAAUAAUAAAUCCACAAUCUACAAUCCCUACUACUUUUCGAGUCAUACGGCACGCGGUGUCCUGUGUGUGUCUCUUUAUAAUGUCUCUUCCCUCUACAUUUCAUGCUGCUGGAUACAGAGAGAGGUAGGUGGAACAUAAUGAGUUUCAUUUGAGUCUGUAAUAAACAUACAUUGAGUGACCCUGAAUGUAAUUAUUUAGUAGAAAUGAUUGUACUGUAAUUUAUAAUCCGCCACAACACUUAGACCCUCCUCAUGUCGUCCUCUGUGUGGUGGUGUCUCAGAGAAGUGUCCCUCGAUCUUCUUACACAUGUGCAAUGAGACUUGUCAUUUUCUGACAUAAAACAUAGCAGCCACAGAGACCACUAAAACUAGACCCCUGGGCCUGCCUCUUCUCCAGACCAACAGAUGUCCUUCCACGCCCGGAGAAACAAUUGUUAAAUAUGGUUUACUUAGCGGCCCGUAGAGCACUAGCACAGAAAUGGCCAUGUCCGGAAAUGCCCCCUGUGGCACUGGUCGUAGCGAAGAUAAAAGAUAACUACCUUAUGGACAGGUUAAUUUCCCUGGUCAGGCACACCACCAAAAAAUUUGGCAGAAUAUGGGAACUGUGGGAACAAUACCAGGAGAACACUGAGGGCGGACAAAGGAACCGAACACACACUUAGGGCUAAUGACAAAAGGGCACACGACAACCCUCGUCCGGGCUGUGGAAACAGACGCACCAAUUCACCGUAUCACUGACUACAAUGUUUUGGUUAAUGUAGGAUUUUUGAAUAACUGUUAUGAUAUUUUUAGUUAACAACUGUAUAAAACCAAGCUAAUUGAAGUGGCAUAUGUACUCAAAACAAGACCUCACUGACAAACCACGUAGAGUUGUCUCAGCAAAACACAAGAAGACAAAUUAACUGCCGACGAGACUAGCAGCGCUAGUAAGCAUACAUCUUGUCUUAAGGUAUCACUCCUCCCUACUGUAUAACUGAACCAUCUGAAAACGCACUGCGGCUUCUGCGUAAGCCUAUGCACUGUCAUUAGUAUGCACUUCUUUCGCGGCUUCUGCGUAAGCCUAUAACAUUGUCACAAAUAUGCACUUCUAUUUUCUUGAAAAAUAAAGAAUUAAAAAAACAAAAAAAAACAAAAAAACAUAGCAGCCACUAUAUUAAGUAUAAUUCUAUCUCUAGAAUGGAUUAUUUCCCUGCUCACAUACCAUGGGGUGUAUAUGCUGGACCGGUCAAACUGAAUCUCUGCGUGCUAACACUGCUCCGUAUUGUCAAAUGACAUCUGCACCUCUGUUACUGUCACUUGACAUCAUUGAAUAUUUUUUCAAGUUAAUAAAUUUGAAGCAAAUUUGUAAUAUUUUACUACGGUAAACCUGCCUCCUUGGUGUUCUGUUGUGUUGAUUUCUGCUUUCAUUAUCCUUUCAGGGACUUUGCUUAUGUUGCAAGAGAUAAAGUGACCCAGUUACUAAAGUGUCAUGUUUUCCGCUGCGAGUCGCCAGCCAAAGCCAUAGCGACGGGACUGCAUGGUGUCUGCUCUCGAGUAAGUACCUACCUGAGUACUAUAUGCUAUAUCAGAAUACCCGAGCACUGUAACUGUACUAUGACAUACUAAUCCCCUAUCUGAGUACCAUCUGCUAUUACCUUCUAAUAUAACCUAUCGAUGCCAUAUCAGAAUAACCGAGCACUGUACUAUGACAUACUAAUCCCCUAUCUGAGUACCAUCUCCUGUUACCUUCUAAUAUAACCUAGUGAUGCCAUAUCAGAAUAGCCGAGCACUGUAACUGUACUAUGACAUACUAAUCCCCUAUCUGAGUACCUUCUCCUAUUAUCUUCUAAUUUAACCUAUCGAUGCCAUAUCAGAAUAACCGAGCACUGUAACUGUACUAUGACAUACUAAUCCCCUAUCUGAGUACCAUCUCCUGUUACCUUCUAAUAUAACCUAGUGAUGCCAUAUCAGAAUAGCCGAGCACUGUAACUGUACUAUGACAUACUAAUCCCCUAUCUGAGUACCAUCUCCUAUUAUCUUUUAAUAUAACCCAUCGAUGCCAUAUCAGAAUACCCGAGCACUGUAACUCUACUAUGACAUACUAAUCCCCUAUCUGAGUACCAUCUGCUAUUACCUUCUAAUAUAACCUAUCGAUGCCAUAUCAGAAUAACCGAGCACUGUAACUGUACUAUGACAUACUAAUCCCCUAUCUGAGUACCAUCUCCUGUUACCUUCUAAUAUAACCUAGUGAUGCCAUAUCAGAAUAGCCGAGCACUGUAACUGUACUGACAUACUAAUCCCCUAUCUGAGUACCUUCUCCUAUUAUCUUCUAAUUUAACCUAUCGAUGCCAUAUCAGAAUAGCCGAGCACUGUAACUGUACUAUGACAUACUAAUCCCCUAUCUGAGUACCAUCUCCUAUUAUCUUUUAAUAUAACCCAUCGAUGCCAUAUCAGAAUAGCCGAGCACUGUAACUGUACUAUGACAUACUAAUCCCCUAUCUGAGUACCAUCUCCUGUUACCUUCUAAUAUAACCUAGUGAUGCCAUAUCAGAAUAGCCGAGCACUGUAACUGUACUGACAUACUAAUCCCCUAUCUGAGUACCUUCUCCUAUUAUCUUCUAAUAUAACCUAUCGAUGCCAUAUCAGAAUAACCGAGCACUGUAACUGUACUAUGACAUACUAAUCCCCUAUCUGAGUACCAUCUGCUAUUACCUUCUAAUAUAACCUAUCGAUGCCAUAUCAGAAUAGCCGAGCACUGUAACUGUACUAUGACAUACUAUCUGAGUACCAUCUCCUAUUACCUUCUAAUAUAACCUAGUGAUGCCAUAUCAGAAUAGCCGAGCACUGUAACUGUACUAUGACAUACUAAUCCCCUAUCUGAGUACCAUCUCCUAUUACCUUCUAAUAUAACCUAUCGAUGCCAUAUCAGAAUAGCCGAGCACUGUAACUGUACUGACAUACCUUAUCCCUAUCUGUAUUCUUAGUAAACCUCUACUACCUCCAAUCUGUAACUUUGCUCCUACUCUAACCUAAGGUCCUAUUGGCCAUUAUUAUUUAGGUCCCUUCAUGAAAAUAAGUUUAAUUUACCUGAAAUAAUUUAAAACGUCAACACUCGUGGUGCUGCUACGCGCUCCCCUCCUGACUGCAUGUCUACCUUUGCGCAGUGCAGCCAAACACUUCUUAUAGACAAGCCUUUUAGAUCAGAUCCUGUACAAAUAUCUCAUCAAUUACUCAAGCUGUAUUAGUGAUUUGAUGAUUGGGGAGCAGGCUAGUGAUUAUCAAGUUUUUUAAUUUGUUAGAAAAAUCACUUGAACAUGAGAUACAGGAGUUCUGCAAUAAUGAUUUCAGUUUGACACGGUUUGGUGUUUUGUAAGAGACAAGUCUUGGACCUCUAAUGAGAGGUAUGGUUUAUUAUAAACAAUUACACACACACACACACAAUACAUUUACAUACAUUCAUUGCAUGUACAGAACGUAUAGGAAUGAGUAGUGACCUUGACCUACAUCACACAUUGACCUACAUAGGUGUUAUUCGGGUACCCCAUGUUUGAUGUCGACCAAACCAUAUUAACAUUGGGACUUGUUUGUGUUGGCUGCAUGUUGACGCUCUGUUUAGACAAUUAGAACAAUCAAACUCGCACCCUAUAGGGGGUAAGGCUCAUUAAAUCAGACCGACAUUUCAGGUCUAACUGUGUACGGUGAGUGUGUGUCUUUCUGUUAACACUGGACGGUCUUGUUACAGAUCAUGGCAGAGAGGAGAAGCACUCGCUCGAUCAUGGAUGGUCUCUUCUAUGAUCAAUCACGAUUGGUGGAUAUUCCUUUUCAAGGUAGUCUCUAGAUCUGAUGGCCGUCCCACACCUAGCUAUGGUUUAGCUGUGACCCUAUGACUGUGUAACAUUCUGCUGGUUUUCAUAUGAUGAUAAAAUAACUUGAGCUUGACAUUCUGAUGGCUGGUCGCAUCCUGGUGAUACAGUGUGAUUUAUCUCUCUCGCUCCUUGUCUUCCCUUCAGUCGAGUUUCCUGCUCCAAAGAACGAACUUGUUCAGGGCUUCCAGGUCUUCUACAUGGGGAAUGUUCAGGUCAUUAAACCUGUUGGUAAGUUUCAGAAGACUCUUUACCAUUCCAGCAAAGAAACAUGUCACUGCUGUGAAGUGAAUGAUAAUGAAUUUAAUACUACAACACACAGAAAAGGGAAUAUUUUAUUCUAUAUGUAUGGCAGUUUUGUUCAAAAUAUGGCAAAUUGCUAAAGCUAUGUAGGGCGGUGCGCGGGAACGCGCUCUGUGCAGUUCGGUGCGCAGGCACGCGCUCUGUGCACUGUCACGGCUCGCCGCAAUGCGCGUCUGUGCCAGACCGGCUUGACCGCGCCUCAUUGCUUAGCUUACCUGCUUGGUGGCGAGUCGGGAACCGCUCCUCCGUGCUGUCCCGGCGAAUCCAAGAUGGCACUGAACAUGCGGUCGCGUCCAUCGAUGGCUCCACCCCCAUAAUUAUACGAACGUGCGCGUGACGUCACGACGUCAACGCACGCGCACGUUCUGGGGUUAGAGGUCACCCUCUGACCAAUCAGAGCCUAUAUAUUUAAAUCCCUGAUUCACCCCGGUUCCUUGCCCUGUCAUGGUUUCCUGUUCCUGGUUUCCGAAAGUGCGUUUAUGCUUGUGAGUCUGAUAUUCUGGUAUUCUGACCUUGGUUUUUCCUGGUUAUUCCGAUUUCUGGUUUCCCUGACUUGGCUUGUUUAAACGGUAUUUGUGUAUUUUCUGGCUUCCUUGACCUCUGCUUUCCCUUUGACCAUUCUCUGUCUCUAACGUUUUAGUCCGGCCAUUCUAAGGACCGGUUUAUGUUCUAUCCUUUUAUUUCCUUUUCAUUUUCUAUGUAUAUGUUUACAUAGUUUCUGCGUGUUGGACCACACUAGCAGUCGUGACAUGCACACUGUAUAAAUAUGUAAAUUGCUAUCCCUGUGCUUUAGGUAUGGACAUUAUUAAUAACACCCUACAAACUGCCCUCAGCACUAAUAGAGCCGACUGGAUUCCUGUCACUGUCAACGUGGCUUCAGCAACGGUCACCAUCUUAAACCAACAGGUAUCAAUCUAUCCGGCCUGCUACGUAUUGGGAGUGGAUUCCCUGGGUAUACUAGGGAGGUUUGUAAUGGUAUUGAUGGUGGAUUCCCUGGGUAUACUAAGGAGGUGUGUGAUGGUAUUGGUGGUGGAUUCCCUGAUUAUACUAUGAUAUUGACUCUGUCCCAUCACACACUGGGGGCCCUGGGAUAGUAUGUGAUAUUGACUCUCCCAUCAUACACUGGGGACCCUGGGAUAGUAUUUGUCAUUGACUCUGUCCCAUCAUACACUGGCGGGCUAUGGGAAAGGAUGUGGUAUUGACUCUAUCCCAUUAUACACUGGUAGGCCCUGGGACAUUAUAUGAUCCUAACACUGUCCCAUCAUACUUUGGCAGGUAUGGUCAGUGACCAGGUUUAUCGCUCUCUCUCUUUCUUGUAGACUGAGGAGUCACUCAGUGAGUGCCGUGUGAGGUUUCUCUCCUUCAUGGGUGUUGGAAAAGAUGUUCACACAUUCGCGUUCAUCAUGGCGGAGGCUCCUGGCAUCUUUAUGUGUCACAUGUUUUGGUGUGAGCCCAAUGCCGCGCAUCUGUCAGAGGCCGUGCAGGCAGCAUGUAUGGUGAGACUGGAAAUUGUGACUCUAAUACCAUGUAUCAUUUAAAGACCAUGUAGAUUAAAAACUUUCUUAAACUGAAAAUUUGGAUUUUUCUGAAGAGGUGUAGAGCAGAAAAGCGCAACGUAGUGUAGAAUGGACAGAGUAAAUCCGAAGAUUUAGUACCCUAUAUACACUGCGGAUACAGAAUUUUGGAUGAUGUAAGGCAGAGUGGCGGGAGUAGAUUGGGUAAUGUAGGGUAGAGUGGCUGGAGUAGAUUGGGUAAUGUAGGGUAGAGUGGCUGGAGUAGAUUGGGUAAUGUAGGGUAGAGUGGCGGGAGUAGAUUGGGUAAUGUAGGGUAGAGUGGCUGGAGUAGAUUGGAUAAUGUAGGUUAAAGUGGCUGGAGUAGAUUCGGUAAUGUAGAUGUAGCGGAGAGGUAGUAUAAUCCACAGUAUCUCCGCUGGGUAACAGGAACAGCAUAAAAUAAUCCAAGGAAAUAAAUACAGCAUACAAUAAUCCCGGUAGCGUUAUAAGAAUCCUUCCUUCCCAAGAACUAGACGACACAUAGGCUGGGAGUCAACUGAGGUUUUAUUCACAGAUCACUGUAUUUAUGGAUUCCCCAUUCCAGGGGUGGUACAGUAGGGGACUACAUGGGGAACUGAACAACACAUACAUUUCUCCCACCAUGCACUGCUGCACAAGAGGGAUACUCCCCCUAGACUAUACCGCUUAUUAUCCCUCCGUGCAGCAGAAUUCACAUUUUACAUUAAAAUGCAUAACUUUAAUAAUAUUCCCCUGAUUUUACACGAAUGGAUGUUCGGUAGAUAGCUGGAGGCUGAGCGCACAGUUCGUGAGAAUACCGCCCAGCUCCUAGUCUAACUAACCGAAUGCCGCACGAAAUAAACAUUAUUUCUAACACAUUGCAAAACUACCGAUUGGUAUUAGGGGAACAAACUACAGAAUGGCCGGGGCUCCCGAAUGGCCUGGAAGUCUGGCCUGGAGUAGCCGAUUUUAGUUCCAGGUGCUUGACGGCAAAACACUGCUGGGCUAACAAAGGAUCCAAGAUGGCCGACCGCCACGUGGUCGGUAGUCGAACGGCGGCCACCCAGGGAAGCUUUUAACUACCGAUUGCAACAAUGUUGCAAUCGGUUAAUGGGCGCCACACGACCUCUUGUGUGUGGUCGACCAUUUGGUCAGUAUUGAACCUCACUGUUCGUGAAACUACAUUAGGAAAGCUGGGUUUUCCAUACUGCAAGCAUACGAACGCCCUCAUUCGUCUGAAGGACUCAUACAGUAAUACACUUGGUUCUCAUAGCUGAAACAGGGAUAUACACACAUUCAAUAUGGCUAGUCUUUAAGUGGCUAGUUUUGCCACAGUAGGGUAGAGUGGCUGGAGUAGAUUGGAUAAUGUAGGUUAGAGUGGCUGGACUAGAUUGGGUAGUGUAGGGUAGAGUGGCUGGAGUAGAUUGGGAAUGUUGGGUAGAGUGGCUGGAUUAGUUUGGGGAACUUUUAGAUUGGGGGCUUAGGGUACAGUAAACGGAGUAGAUCAGGUGACAGAGUAGAGGGGACGUAGUAGUUUGGGUGACAUUGGAUAGAGUAGAUCGAAGGAUGUUUGAUAGAGUAGCUGGAGUAAAUCUGGGCAUGUAGGGUAGAAAGGAUGAUGUAGAUCAGGUGACAUAGAGUAGAUUGGGGGAAUUAUUGGUAGCGUGACAAAAGUAGUUCCGUGACAUAGGGCAGGGCUUGACAAAUUUGCUUGGAAUCUAGGAGCCAGCUAGUAAAGUAAGGAGCCAGAGAAAUAAAUGCCAAAAAUAAAAUUCUUAAAGGGACACUAUAGUCACCAGAACUACUACAGCUUAAUGCAGUUGUUCUGAAGUCUAUAUGCUGUCCCUGCAUGCUUUUCAAUGUAAACACUGACUUUUCAGAAAAAAGGCAGUGUUUACAUUGCUGCCUGGUGACACCUCUAGCUACAGUCACUUAGACGGCCUCUAGAGGUGCUUCCUGGUUCAGUGCUUCACAAUGUGCAGCACCUAUGUUAAUGCUCCCCAUAUCUCUGAGUAGUUAAAUUGGCGCAGUGGCAUUUUGCUGUGCAUGUGCAAUACUCUCAAUGCUUUCCUAUGGGGAAGCAUUGGAUUGGCUGAGAUCUUCAAGAUUGAUGAUCUCAGCCAUGGAGGUGGGACCAGCCAUGGCGUCACCAGCACGAAAUGGGAAAAACUCCUUUCCCAUGUGGUUUAAGGGAACACAUACUCAGACAGGCACACACGCACUCGUAGACUGGGUAACGGGAACGGACACACACAUGGACGGACGGGAAUGGACACACACACACUCACUUACAAGUAAUUACUUUUUUAUUUAAAACCACCUAGCCUCCCUACUUUUGGAGAGCUGGAGUGGAUAGGCUUUUCAUGGGGUCCAGUGGGGCUGCUGUCAUCUCCUUACUCAGCUCCCUCUUGCGCACUGUUUAGUGAGCCGGGGGCCGGCGUUACAUUAUAACCCGGCGUCACGUGAGGGCACGCAAGGGAGCUGUGUAGGGAGAUGACAGCUCCUUCCUUCCCUCGCCGCUCUUCAGCUUUCCAUAAGAUGGGUGCCCGCCUCCCUCCCUCCUUUAGAAAUCCAUAAGCCGCCCGCCCCCUCCCUAACAGACUCUGCACUACAGGAGACGGCCUCCCUCUGUCACCCCUGCCUGUCUCAGCCCUCUGUGAUCCGAUUGCCCUCUUUUGCUCUCAGGCAGCCGGUCACCUCGGGGGCUGAACAGGCUUUCAAAUCCCAGGUGCCAGGACAAAUUUCCUGGUCGCCAUGGCGACCUAGCGCCUGGGAUUUGUCAAAUAGUAGUGAAGAAGAUUAGAAAGGACAGAGUAGACCAGGAACACAGAGUGAAGGGAGUAAAUCAGGGGAUGUAGGGUAGAGUGCACGGAAUAGAUUGUGGGAUGUAGGGUAGAGUGGACGGAAUAGAUUGUGGGAUGUAGGGUAGAGUGGGCGGAAUAGAUUGUGGGAUGUAGGGUAGAGUGGGCGGAAUAGAUUGUGGGAUGUAGGGUAGAGUGGACGGAAUAGAUUGUGGGAUGUAGGGUAGAGUGGACGGAAUAGAUUGUGGGAUGUAGGGUAGAGUGGGCGGAAUAGAUUGUGGGAUGUAGGGUAGAGUGGGCGGAAUAGAUUGUGGGAUGUAGGGUAGAGUGGGCGGAAUAGAUUGUGGGAUGUAGGGUAGAGUGGGCGGAAUAGAUUGUGGGAUGUAGGGUAGAGUGGGCGGAAUAGAUUGUGGGAUGUAGGGUAGAGUGGGCGGAAUAGAUUGUGGGAUGUAGGGUAGAGUGGGCGGAAUAGAUUGUGGGAUGUAGGGUAGAGUGGACGGAAUAGAUUGUGGGAUGUAGGGUAGAGUGGGCGGAAUAGAUUGUGGGAUGUAGGGUAGAGUGGGCGGAAUAGAUUGUGGGAUGUAGGGUAGAGUGGGCGGAAUAGAUUGUGGGAUGUAGGGUAGAGUGGGCGGAAUAGAUUGUGGGAUGUAGGGUAGAGUGGGCGGAAUAGAUUGUGGGAUGUAGGGUAGAGUGGGCGGAAUAGAUUGUGGGAUGUAGGGUAGAGUGGGCGGAAUAGAUUGUGGGAUGUAGGGUAGAGUGGGCGGAAUAGAUUGUGGGAUGUAGGGUAGAGUGGGCGGAAUAGAUUGUGGGAUGUAGGGUAGAGUGGGCGGAAUAGAUUGUGGGAUGUAGGGUAGAGUGGGCGGAAUAGAUUGUGGGAUGUAGGGUAGAGUGGGCGGAAUAGAUUGUGGGAUGUAGGGUAGAGUGGGCGGAAUAGAUUGUGGGAUGUAGGGUAGAGUGGGCGGAAUAGAUUGUGGGAUGUAGGGUAGAGUGGGCGGAAUAGAUUGUGGGAUGUAGGGUAGAGUGGGCGGAAUAGAUUGUGGGAUGUAGGGUAGAGGUGGCGGAAUAGAUUGUGGGAUGUAGGGUAGAGUGGGCGGAGUAGUUCGGGUGAUGUAGGUAUGAGCUAAUGGAUAUCGAGGGACGUAGGCUAGAGUGGACUGGGUAGAUCAGAAACAUAGAGUGAAGAGAGUAAAUCGAGGGAUGUUGGGUAGAGCAGGGUGAUGGGUAGAGUAUUUAUUUAGCUUUUGUGGAUAUAUCUCCAGGUGGGACGCUUAGGGAGUGUUUUAUUCUCAUUGUUGCUGAUCACAGUCAGAUUUUGAUCCAGAAUGAUUUAAAGUAAAUUAAUACAGAGUGGCCAUUUUCUACACUUAUAGUUGUGUAGGUGGCAGAGUAAUGUAUUAUAGACCCCCAUCUAGAGACAGGCACACAGCAGGUGGUGCGGUUCUGCUUGCAUACUUGUUUCUUGUCUAGGUUGACAUACUUAUUUUUGUGUUGCCCACUCUGAUGCUGAUUAUAUUGUCCACAUCUUCAUCAUUUUAUAACCCCCUUCCCUUUCUGAUUUAGUUACUUUCCACCUAAUCCUGAUUUUGUUGUUUCUAACUUGGUCCUUAUCUUCCUGAUUUGUUUGCCCCCUACAUUUACCCUCCUGAUUCUGAUUUGCUGGUUUCCUUACUGAUUCUGUUGCCUCAUAGAAUGUGACGGCAGAUAAGAACCAUUCGGCCCAUCUAGUCUGCCCAAUUUUCUAAAUACUUUCAUUAGUCCCUGGCCUUAUCUUAUAGUUAGGAUAGCCUUAUGCCUAUCCCACGCAUGCUUAAACUCCUUUACUGUGUUAACCUCUACCACUUCAGCUGGAAGGCUAUUCCAUGCAUCCACUACCCUCUCAGUAAAGUAAUACUUCCUGAUAUUAUUUUUAAACCUUUGUCCCUCUAAUUUAAGACUAUGUCCUCUUGUUGUGGUAGUUUUUCUUCUUUUAAAUAUAGUCUCCUCCUUUACUGAUUGUGUUGUCUGCCUUACUUCCCUCGUGAUUUUUUGGUCCUUUCUUUCCUCUGUGCCCCUAAAUAACAUUUUUACGGCCAAAUAAUGUGUUAAAAUAAAGCCAGCUGCGAUUUUUCAUGUUCCCCAUGUUCAAAAGCCAGAUAGCAAAAACAAUCAUGAAAAAGGGUUAACAUAAUCCUGGUCAACAAAAAAUAAUUUAGAAAGAAAGUUUUAUUUAUUUUUAAUGGCCAGAGAAAUAUUUUUAAAAAAAAGUAAAGCAAAACUAAAAUAAAAUUUAUGUAAAGUUUCAUUUGUUUUUGUUUGUUUUUAUUUUAUACUUUAUUUUCAAUCAUUUACUGGUGGUAAAGAAUCAAACCUAUUUUUUCUAGAUUUUUGUUUAUACAACCUUCCUCCAUCCAUCGGAUUUAGUUUUUAUCUCCCAGCCCCUUUUGUUUUUAUCUCCCAGCCCCUUUUGAUUUUCUUUCUCUUUUCCUCUUUUGAUUUUCUUUCUCUUUUCCUCUUUUGAUUUUCUUUUUCUUUUCCUCUUUUGAUUUUCUUUCUCUGACAGCGCAGUCUUAUUGUCUCCCUUUCUCUCCCGUAGCUGCGAUACCAGAAGUGUCUGGAUGCUCGUCCUCAGGGCUCUUCUUGUCUCCCAACUCCUCCUGCUGACUCUGUUGCUCGCAGAGUGGGCUCCAGUGUCCGCAGGGGUGUUCAGUCUCUACUUGGUUCUUUCAAAACGAAGCGUCCCGGAGGACAGACACCGUGACCCUGCAACUCAGGCUAUGACCAGUGUCCUUGUCCCCCCAUGUCCUGCGCUUUCCGCCGGCCUCUUCCUCCAGGUUAUCACUGCAGACUAAGGAGCAGCACAAUUUGUAUCAAGUCAUGUUUCCCAAUGUAAUGGCAAAACGCACUCCAGGACUUGGGUUACCAUUAGAUAACUAGAGGCCUUAUGAAUAGCAAUAAGGCACUGGGCAGCUGUCAGACCCACUCUGCUUCCCUGGCAGCUGCCCCCUCCUUCGGGAGGCUGUUAUGUGUAGUUGUGUAGAUGGCAUUGUCUCUGUGAUAGCGCGAGUAUGCGUGUGUGAUAUACACUCUUACUGUACUAAUUAUAUAUACUGCUGCUGGUCUCUGCUUUGUACAGCUUAGUCUUAAUCUGUAUAGCAACUCCUGGGCCUUGACAUGGCUUCUACCGUCUGAAGCAGCGCUGGAAGAGGGGCUCUAAACCUCGAGUGCUGGAUAGGUUAUCUAUAAUGUUAACAUGACAGUGGAAUCAGAAACUCCUCCCAGACAUUAUAUAACCUGGAACCAGAAACUCAACCUGGAACCAACUCCUCCCAGACAUUAUAUAACCUGGAAUCAGAAACUCCUCCCAGACAUUAUAUAACCUGGAACCAGAAACUCAACCUGGAACCAACUCCUCCCAGACAUUAUAUAACCUGGAACCAACAACUCCUCCCAGACAUUAUAUAACCUGGAACCAACAACUCCUCCCAGACAUUAUAUAACCUGGAACCAGAAACUCCUCUCAGACAUUAUAUAACCUGGAACCAGAAACUCCUCUCAGACAUUAUAUAACCUGGAACCAGAAACUCCUCUCAGACAUCAUAUAACCUGGAACCAGAAACUCCUCUCAGACAUCAUAUAACCUGGAACCAGAAACUCCUCUCAGACAUUAUAUAACCUGGAACCAGAAACUCCUCUCAGACAUUAUAUAACCUGGAACCAGAAACUCCUCUCAGACAUUAUAUAACCUGGAACCAGAAACUCCUCUCAGACAUUAUAUAACCUGGAACCAGAAACUCCUCUCAGACAUUAUAUAACCUGGAACCAGAAACUCCUCUCAGACAUUAUAUAACCUGGAACCAGAAACUCCUCCCAGACAUUAUAAAACCUGGAAUCAGGAACUCCUCCCAGACAUUAUAUAACCUGGAAUCAGAAACUCCUCCAAGACAUUAUAUAACCUGAACUCAGACAUUAUAUAACCAGGAAUCAGGAACUCCUCCCAGACAUUAUAUAACCUUGAACCAGAAACUCCUCCCAGACAUUAUAUAACCAGGAAUCAGGAACUCCUCCCAGACAUUAUAUAACCUGGAACCAGAAACUCCUCCCAGACAUUAUAUAACCUGGAACCAACUCCUCCCAGACAUUAUAUAACCUGGAACUCCUCCCAGUCAUUAUAUAACCUGAACCCAGACAUUAUAUAACCAGGAAUCAGGAACUCCUCCCAGACAUUAUAUAACCAGGAAUCAGGAACUCCUCCCAGACAUUAUAUAACCUGGAACCAGAAACUCCUCCCAGACAUUAUAUAACCUGGAACCAGAAACUCCUCCCAGACAUUAUAUAUCCUGGAACCAGAAACUCCUCCCAGACAUUAUAUAUCCUGGAAUCAGAAACUCCUCCAAGACAUUAUAAAACCUGGAAUCAGGAACUCCUCCCAGACAUUAUAUAACCUGGAAUCAGAAACUCCUCCAAGACAUUAUAUAACCUGAACUCAGACAUUUAUAUAACCAGGAAUCAGGAACUCCUCCCAGACAUUAUAUAACCUUGAACCAGAAACUCCUCCCAGACAUUAUAUAACCAGGAAUCAGGAACUCCUCCCAGACAUUAUAUAACCUGGAACCAGAAACUCCUCCCAGACAUUAUAUAACCUGGAACCAACUCCUCCCAGACAUUAUAUAACCUGGAACUCCUCCCAGUCAUUAUAUAACCUGAACCCAGACAUUAUAUAACCAGGAAUCAGGAACUCCUCCCAGACAUUAUAUAACCAGGAAUCAGGAACUCCUCCCAGACAUUAUAUAACCUGGAACCAGAAACUCCUCCCAGACAUUAUAUAACCUGGAACCAGAAACUCCUCCCAGACAUUAUAUAACCUGGAACCAGAAACUCCUCCCAGACAUUAUAUAUCCUGGAUCCAGGAACUCAACCCAGACAUUAUAUAACCUAGAAAAAGGAUAGGGGGCACUCCCAAGACCUGCAUUUUGUAUGAAAGGUGCUGCCGCAGUGACCAAACUUCAUACAUAAAACAAUAAAUAGUUGCAGCGCACUCAGACUACAAAACAAUAUAUAAUACAAAGAAGGCU